AUGAAUAAUCCUACUGGGCCAACGAAAGGAGUAGUACUAGUGACGGGGGGGAGCGGGUUCAUUGCAUCUCAUAUCAUUGACGAACUUUUGGAUAAUGGGUUCAGGGUUGUUACAACAGCUAGAUCGGAUGAAAAGGGUCGCAGAAUUGUAGAAUCAGCCAGCCCUGCUCAGCGCAACAAGCUCUCCUACAUCAUUAUAGGAGAUGUUGCAAAGGAGAAUGCCUUUGACUCUGCAUUCACUCAAGGAACAAUCUUUGACUAUGUUAUCCAUACUGCAUCCCCUUACCAUCUCAAUGUUCAGGAUCCGAUCAAGGACUUUUUAGACCCAGCAAUUAAGGGGACAACAGGAAUUCUCAAGUCAAUUGCGGCGCACGCGACUACUGUAAAGCGCGUAGUGAUUACAUCUUCUAGCGCAGCAAUGAUCAACCCUCUCAAUCACGCGAAGGUAUAUGAUGAGACAUGUUGGGCUCCGUGGACUUUGGAGCACGUCAAGGAUCUCAACAAAGCUUAUGUAGUCAGCAAGACGCUUUCCGAAAAAGCUGCAUGGGCCUUUAUGGAAACCGAGAGGCCGAAGUUUGAUCUCGUUGUCAUUAACUGUACCUACACGUUCGGCCCUGUGCAACGCAACCUUCCGAGUUUGGACGUCAUGAACACAUCUAAUCAUCGUAUCCGGGAUAUGCUACAGGGAAAGAUGAAGAAAGAUAUGCCUUCUACGGCGCCAGUCUUCACCUUCGUUGAUGUCCGUGAUGUGGCUCGUGCGCACCUCAAGGCCGUAACUGUGCCAGAGGCUGGUGGGAACCGGUUCUACAUCGUGGGCGGUCAUUUCUCGAAUAAGCGGAUUGUGGACUCGAUCCGCAAGUCAUAUCCAGAGUUUGAAGCACGCCUUCCCCCCAGAGACAUACCAGAUGACUUACCUGGUGAAGUCGAUAGCUUCGACAACGGCAAGUCUAAGAGAGUUCUGGAAUUGGAGUACAUGUCUUUGGAAAAAAGCGUCAGGGACACUGUACAGUCGAUACUAGACCUGAACCUAGGUUUAUAA